CGUGGUAAGAGGGAUGCACUGCGCUUGCGGUUCAGCAUCCAUUUCCUCAGGUUCUUCAUUUCCCCUGGGACUGCAAGACAAAAUACCCAGGGCCGGGACCAUAGCAGAGGGGAAUUAAGACAGGAAGGUGAACCUGGGAGGCUGCCUGGCAGAGGUGGCGCCAGCUGCCCGUGGGUGGAGCCUCGUAGCCCUGCCCUGUAGCCCCGCCCCCGCCCUGUCGCUCAACUGGGCUCUAGCCAGCGCGCAGCAUCCACCGCUGCGGGCUCCGGGCUAUGGACGCCCCGGGUGCUCCGGCCCCAGCCGCCGCCCCCAGCUCGGCGAGGAAGGAGUUGAAGAUAGUAAUCGUAGGUGACGGCGGCUGCGGCAAGACGUCCCUGCUGAUGGUGUACUGCCAAGGCUCAUUUCCCGAGCACUAUGCCCCGUCGGUGUUUGAGAAGUACACGGCUAGUGUGACAGUGGGCAACAAGGAGGUGGCCCUGAACCUCUACGACACGGCUGGGCAGGAAGACUAUGAUCGGCUGCGGCCCCUGUCCUACCAGAACACGCACCUCGUUCUCAUCUGCUAUGACGUCAUGAACCCCACCAGCUACGAUAACGUCCUCAUCAAGUGGUUCCCUGAAGUCACACAUUUCUGCCGAGGGACCCCCAUGGUGCUCAUCGGCUGCAAGACAGACCUGAGGAAGGACAAGGAACAGCUGCGGAAGCUCCGGGCAGCCCAGCUGGAGCCCAUCACCUACACACAGGGCCUGAGUGCCUGUGAACAGAUGCGAGGUGCACUCUAUCUGGAAUGUUCCGCCAAGUUUCGGGAGAACGUGGAAGACGUCUUCAGGGAAGCCGCCAAGGUGGCCCUCAGCGCCCUGAAGAAAGCGCAGAGGCAGAAGAAACACAGGAUCUGCCUGCUGCUGUGACCCUGGGGACAGAGGGCCUGUGUGGGACUAUCACGGCCUAGGCUCCUCCUGAGGUCUGCCCCAUUACAGCCCUGCAGUGUCUGGCAUCUGGAGGUAGACUAUCAGAACAUUCUAGAAUGGCCCCUUUGUGUUCAGGCUGCGGUGCACUGGUGAAUGAGGGUGCCGGACCCACAGAUGUUCCUCUACCCUGGGACUGGCACUUGUCCCAGGCCACAGGAGGGCCCUUGCCACAGCUCCUCUUUGCCCCAAGCCAUGCGUGUCUUCCUUUCCAAACUCAAUUCAUUCCUGAAACUCAGAACGGCACCAAGGAUUGUGGGUAAACACAGAUAGGCAGCGCUGUUCAACCAGAGUUCCAAGCCCACUGUUUCUGUCACAGUCUCCCUGAGCUCCUGAGAUAGGGUCAGCUACAGUCUCCAGUCCCUUCCUGCUUCCCCUCAGGAACCUGGGGACCAUGGCCUAUCAGGAGGACACAGGCAUCAAGCCGGACAUGGGGCUGACACCAGCCUCUCCUUCCUACCACAGUGAGGACUUCUGCCUCAGGCUUGGUCACAGUUCAGAAGUAGAAGAAACAAUUUCUCAAAAUGUCAAAGUAUACUCAGGCCAGCCAGGCCACCCAUCUGACCCCUGCUCCAGGUCUGACCUCCAAACCCCCGGCUGACUUCCACUAGAAACUCCAGAUGGUCAGGCUCACCCCACCUCUAGGGGCCUCAGGCAAAUGGGCUCUUUCCCUAGACUAUGGCCCACCUGAAAGUGGCCAGGAUUGGGUCAGUAGACAAGUCAAUCUCCUCAGCAGCGCACUCUGUUUCUGCUUCUACUGGACGUGGAGCUCAGGAGUGGCCUACUUCCGCCUUGCUCCAGAACUGACAUGGCUACCCCUGCCCACCCUGGACAGUUUCUCAGAACUAGCCUGCUGACCACUUUUAGUGUCUCCGACAGCGAAAGUCUUGAGUCCUGACAUUCCUUCUGGAAGGUCUAGAGUCUGCCUUUCAGAACUGUUCAAGCCCAGGAUACCAGGUAGGUUUAGUGCCUUCCAAAAUGAAGGCACCAUCCGAGAAGCAGCCAUGGCCUUGGCUGGCCCAUCUGCCCCAGCACCACUUGACUUGGCCCCCAGAAUCAGACUGCUAAGGAGAGAGACUUCUGGUCCCCUUCCCCAAAUGCUUUAAGGCCCUGCUGUCCCCCGUGGAGCCAACCAAGGACCUCUUGUCUUCUCAGAAUCCAAGGCCUGUGGACAGAUUGUGAAAUACAGCAGCGGUCAGCAAACCACAGCCUGUGGGCCACAUGUGGCCACUGCCUGUUUUUGUAAAUAAAGUUUUAUUGAACAGCCACAA